AGUAGCCGAGUUGUUGUUGGCACUUGGCACUGUACACUCGCUGCGCGGUACGAUCGGUACGCUGCAGCUGUCAAAAUUGCGCAGAUUCGUUGCAGUCUAUCGAUUUCUGGUGUGUGUCUGAUGCAGUGAUUGUUGUGACAUGCUGCUGCCGCUGCUGCUGCUGCUGCUGCAGAGGACCUGGCCUUGAACGCAAGCUGGAGCUUGACGAGUGAUCUCAGGGAACUGGGCCGACGCUGCUUUAAGAUGAUUUUCCUGCGCUAGCGGCGGCUUUUUUUCGCGCAUCGUGUUUUUGCGCGACUGCAAAGAAUCAGUUGAUCGAGCAGCGGAGGCUCUGUUCUGCUCUCAUCAGAUCUGUACAAGUAGCCUGUCGAGGUAUGAGCAAUUCCCAACCGAUCAUGGUGCCUGGAGGAGACCACAGCAGAAGGACCCAGUCAGAGUCGCACUCCACGAGUGUGCCUGGGGAGCACACGAAAACCAUGACGCCACCUGGAACUGUCAGAUCUGUCUCUGCUACUGAAGAGAGACGUUCUCGACGAGGCAGCAGCAUGGUACAGCCCAUCCUGGCCAAGCCACCUUCCUCUGAGUCACUUGUGACAAACAGUAGCACGUGGGUUGAUGCACCAGGCCCACCGCUCUCUCCAGGACUGACUGGGUCUGUGACAUCCACAACAGGGGAGAAUAGUCCCAAAGUUGAUGCCUCCCAGGAAAAGCUUGGAGAGUCAGGAUGCAAACUCACCAGGAAGGAGUCGUACAAGGCACAACGCAAGACCUACAGAAUGGAGAAGAAAAGAGUAGCCGACGAGCUGCUCAAUUCAUUGAAAGAUCCUACAGUGGUUGUUAUGAGUGACUGGUUGAAAGUCAGGGGCACGCUUAAAAGUUGGACUAAGCUGUGGUGUAUUCUCAAGCCUGGAUUGCUGCUUCUUUAUAAAAGUCCCAAGAUUAAGAGUAAUCACUGGGUUGGCACAGUUUUACUGAACACCUGUCAGGUCAUAGAGAGGCCCAGCAAGAAGGAUGGAUUUUGCUUCAAACUGUUUCACCCACUAGAACAAUCAAUCUGGGCACCUAGAGGACCUGAAAAGGAAGCCAUUGGUGCUGUUGUCCAGCCACUGCCAACGUCCUACCUUAUAUUUAGAGCUCCGUCCCAAGCCGCGGGCAAGUGCUGGCUGGAUGCCCUGGAAUUAUCCCUUCGUUGCUCAUCUCUCAUAGUCAGAUCGGCCAGUGUCAUACCCAGAUCACCGCAGCACGACACCACCACUACUCACGAGACGCAGUGGAGCGAGGCCGACUACGAGAAACAUUUCGACGAUCAUGACCUCGACGACUGCAUCAGUCAACCGGAGAACGGACUGACCGCCGACGCCGAGAUCAGCGCUACCGACAGCGAGUCCGAGGAGGAGAACAAGGAGGAGGAACCCGAGCAGAUCAAGGAGACUCCUUAUGUCGCCAACGAGAACGAAGUUCUAGGCACCGCCGGAGAGGUGGUGACGGAGCUGCAGGAGGAGCAAAAGUCCCUCAUCUGGUUCCUCAUGAAGCAGGUGCGUCCUGGCAUGGAUCUCUCCAAAGUUGUCCUGCCGACCUUCAUCCUCGAGCCACGCUCCUUCCUCGAGAAGCUCGCCGACUCGUAUUACCACGCAGACCUCCUGUCGCAAGCCGUGCAGGAAGACGACGCGUUCACGCGCAUGAAGGGGGUGGUCAAGUGGUACCUCUCGGGAUUCUACAAGAAGCCGCAGGGCUUGAAGAAACCCUACAACCCACUGCUGGGCGAGACCUUCCGUUGCUACUGGCAGCAUCCCAAUGGCUCGCGCACUUUCUACUUGGCAGAACAGUUGUCGCACCAUCCACCGAUAUCAGGCUUCUACGUGACCAAUCGCCAGGACGGCUUCACCAUCAGCGCGACGAUCAUCGCCAAAUCUAAAUUCUACGGUAACUCCACAUCUGCGGUUCUGGACGGAGCUGCGAUAUUAACGAUGCUACCGCGUGGGGAGGAUUACACGAUGACGAUUCCCUACGCGCACUGUAAAGGGAUUCUGAUGGGCACACUGUCUAUGGAACUUGGUGGUAAAGUUAACAUCGCUUGCGAGAAGACUGGCUAUCACACAGAGCUCGAAUUUAAAUUAAAGCCUUUCCUGGGAGGGGCAGAUCAAUUGAAUAUGGUAGUAGGAAGAAUAAAGCUUGGAAAAGAGACUCUGGCAAUGAUCAACGGUUACUGGGAUGGUCAGAUUACAAUCACAGAUAAAAGAACUGGGCAAGAGAGUCCUUUCUUUAAUCCAACAUCAGAGGUCCGAAAGAGUCGGCUAAAGAAGUACACAGUGCCGUUGGAAAAUCAGGGCGACUGGGAAAGCGAAAAGCUGUGGCUGGCAGUGACCAACGCGAUAAACAAAGAUGACCAGCAAGCAGCAACUGAGGCCAAAACUGUACUAGAGGAGGCACAGCGCGAACGUGCCAAGGAGAGGAAGACUUUGGGUCAGGAGUGGGUACCCAAGUACUUUGUUCAAGAUAUAAUUACGGGCAAUUGGAUGUAUCGCCAUGCCGACAUCCGUCCAUGGGAUCCUAGAAAUGACGUUGUGCAGUACGAACACGACUACAUUGUAAGCACAAAAACUCGACACAAAACACCAAUAAUGCGCACUGGCAGUAUUGUUUCUAUGGAACCUCAGUCUCAGGUUCCGUUAUUGAUUGCCGAAUCCCGUUCUUCGCUCUCGGUUCUAAAAUCCUCGAAACGACAACUCACGAACAACCACCCUAUCACCGACGCGGCGCACGACUCGGCCAGCUCCUCCGAGGGAGUGCAUUCCGAUUCGAGCGGUUCAGUUGGAAAACGGCGACGAUCCACGGCCAGAAUCGUAAGUAUGGUGAAGAGCGUAGAAGACCGGAUGCACGAGCACACUGAGAAGUUGGACCAGAUCCAGCGAUUGAUUGAGCAAAUGGCCAUACGUCAAAGGGCAGGCCGAGAUCGGCAGAACGGCUCGCGUCUCGGCAAGCAUGUCGUCGACACGCUGAUCAUCGUAUUCGUUGUGUUUAUGGCUCAGUUCAUCAUGAGGAUCUGGAGUGGGGCUUCGUCCCUCAAAGCCAAAGAGUUGUAGUAAAUUUUCACCCUCCUAUCACCUUCGGGUGCAAUCAAUAAUCGAUUCUGCGCGCCUGCUUCACUGAUCUCGCUCGCGCGCACCAGUCAAUCAUGUUCGUAAUCUCAUGGCCGAGAUAUACCCUAGUCGCUGGCCAAAUUCGUUAUCGAAGCGUUCUACCAGUAUAAUUCGCGCCGCCAUUCCCCUUCCCUAUACGGCGCGAAAUGCCUCGAGAAUUAGUCGUUUGCAAG